UCACCACUAAUGGUGUUAUAUUGUAGUCUUAAAGCAAUAUUAAUACAUUUGGCGCUGUUUUUUACCACACAUUGGAUGCUAUUAUUGGAUCAACUCUUUGAUUGUUAAGUUGUAACCAUUUUAUGAUAUUUACAAUGAAUGGCAUAAUAUGUAAACCUUUGGCCAAAAAGAUGUUAACCGUUUGCUUCGAGGGUAACAUCGGAAGCGGUAAAAGCAGUUCAUUAAAGUAUUUGUGCGAUAAAUACGAUAAAGUGAUGUCUUUAUGUGAACCGAUUGAUAAAUGGCAUGACUUGAGAGGUCAUAAUCUCAUAGAAAUGCUAUAUAAAGACCUGACGAGGAAUGCCUUUGCAUUUGAACACUUCGCUCAACUGACCAGACUUGAGAUGUAUGCCAAUCAACAGCACACCGAUGAUCACCAAAUGAAACCAAUUAGACUUAUGGAGAGAUCUAUAUAUUCUGCCAGAUAUUGUUUUACACAAAAUCUUUUUCAAAGUGGAAAUUUAUCGAAACCCGAAUUUAUUAUAUUAGAUGAAUGGUUCAAAUGGUUGUCAUCUAAGUCUUGUCUUAAAGUGGAUCUUAUUGUUUAUUUAAGGACAUCACCGGAGACUGUAUUUCAAAGAGUUAAGAAUAGAUCCCGUAGUGAGGAACAGGAGAUUCCUAUCGAUUAUUUGCGAUCAUUGCAUGAAUUGCACGAUAAAUGGCUUUUAUCUGAUAUCAAACAAUCCGAAAACUCUCCACAAGUUUUCACACUUAACGCCGAUUUACCACAAAAACAAUUAUUGUCUUUAUUGGACUCUCAUUUUGAUCAUAUUUUUAAGGGUAUUUUAAAUUAAGUUAACAACCAUUUGUUAGCACU